GGGCAAGCAAGUAAGAGCGGAUCUAUGUACGUGCCUGAAGUUUAUCUACUGUAGUGUAGAUAGCUAUCUAGAAUCUAGAUAGGGCUGAAAGCAUCACCCCACACAUGAAGCUUUCCUGUCGACGGAGCUGGCAUGGCCGGAGCCGAUAUCGCAUUAUGGCCGGGAAGGUGCCGAGAACUGUGCCGAUAUUGGCGCCGGGGCCGAUACCCACAUGGCGCCGAGAGCUGUACAAGGUCCUACGGAUCCCUGUGCCUGGAUACUUGGGCCCUGGGCCACUCGGCCGUGAGCCUGCGAUGCGAUGCCAGAGCCUCACCUCAGUAAAGUUGACAGCUUCAUUGAACCGCAGCUCUUCACCCACCAGCAUCACUUCACGCCUUGAUUGUACACUCCCUACUUCCGAACUAUACCCAAACAAGAGCCACAAUCAUCCCAGGCCUACAUCAUGGCGGACGAAUCUCCAGUGGGCUCUCCCCUCUCCACCAUCUCCAGCGACGCUUUUGAAGCAGAGUAUGGUGCAGUUGCUGCCAACAUGCCGCCCGCCAAACGACAGAAACUAGAGGACUCCUCCAUGCGCGCAACACCCACAUCCCACCAAAUUGAUUUUGAUGCUGUCAAUGAAUCGUCAGAUACAGAAGGAGAGGUCCCCAACUCACCAGGCAACCUGGGCAGACCUGAGGAUGACGACAGUCAGGAACAAGUGACCGUAUGCGCCUGGGACGGAUGUGAUGCAGGGGAUCUGGAGAAUAUGGAUCGUCUGGUAGAUCACAUCCACAAUGAACACAUUGAAACCAGACAGAAGAAGUACACUUGCGAGUGGGGUGAUUGCAAUAGAAAGAGUAUGGCGCAUGCCAGUGGUUAUGCUUUGAAGGCACACAUGAGAAGUCAUACCAGAGAGAAGCCCUUCUAUUGCGCGUUGCCAGGUAAGUGUUCCCAACCCUUUUGUUAUGCAAGCUGCUAACUCUUUCUUUGUAGAAUGCGAUCGUGCAUUUACCCGUUCUGACGCUCUGGCAAAGCACAUGCGAACGGUCCACGAAACCGAAGCUCUCCGCCCUUCAGACCCAAUCCCCAAAUCCAUGCAACCAGCCAAGUCCUCCCGAAAGCUAAAACUAAAUCUGAAAGUUGCACAAUCUCAACUCGAAGAGCCUCAAACUGAGCAAGCCAAUGGUGUCACCAGCGGCGAGACGACUUCGGAAUGGACAUCCUCCUAUCCUCCCGAGCUUGGUUUCACAGCAGAAGAAGAAGCAAAGGGCCCAGAAGAACUUUACCGAUAUCUACGACGACAACUGCGAUGGGCCGAGGAAGAUUUGGAGAAGACGAAGCGCCUCUGUGACGAGAUGGAGGCACUUCGACGAAAAGAAUGGGAGGAGAAGGAAAUCUUGCUGGACCAGGUCAUAAAGAAUGAAAUUGGCUACCAUGAGAGAAGAGCGGCAGUUUUGGCCAGCGCGUCAAUCCCAACCGCAGAGGAGAUUAGAGCAAGCGCAGCAGCAGCGGUCAUCUCUCAGGAGAAUUUGAACAAAAUGGAAGAUUCUGAUACUACUGGUGGCAGGAACAGUUUGGGUGGGGGAGGCUCAUUUCAGUCAAUUCAGGAUCGAAAUACGGAAACUGCUGCUAUAUUGGCAUCAAUGAGUAGGCAGACUUAGUCGGGGACUUUGUACGUGGGAAAUGGAUAUCAAAUGGAAUUGAAGGAAUUGGCAUUCUGGAGUUAGGGGCACAUGAAAUUUACGUGUAUCAACAUGCAGACUGGUACGGUAGCGGAUG